AUGGCCAGAAACAAGAACAAGAAGGGCCAAGGCCAAGGCGCUGCUGGAAACCAAAACCAGCCGGGCAACAGCAGCAAGCCCGAGGAGCAGAAGCCGGAGGAUCAGCAGCAGCCUCAAGACCAAAAGACGGAAGAGCAGAAGCCUGAGGGCACGACGCCGGUCGGGGAGUUUGGCAACUCCGCAGAGGGCGAGGGUGCCGCCCCCACCGACGAGAAGAAGCCGGAGGAGAGCAAGCCUAAAGACGCGGCUGCAAAGGCGCAAGACAAGUCUCAAGAUGAGAAGAAGUCCGAAGACGCCGCCGCCGCCGCCGCCGACAGUCAACAAAAAGACGAGAAGAAGCCCGAAACGGAAGAGCAAAAGCCUGCUACACCUCCCGGCCAAGAGUCCACCGACAAGAAGCAAGCCUCCUCGGCCAACCAAGCCGGCGUCGAGGACGAGGCGGAGCCCGAGUCCGUCGUCGACAAUGACAAGAAGCCCGCCGCCGACACGGCAAAGGAGCAACAAGAACCCGCAAAGGUACGCUCCCGCGACUCUGGCCGCACUGAGCUCGAAGCUGACGCCGAGGAGCCUACCGAGCUUCAGGAUGGCGAGGAAGACGGCGAGGGAGAGUACUACGACGAGGACGAAGAGUUUGACGAAGGCGAGGACGGCGAGGUCUAUGACGAUGAGUACUACUCUGGCGACUCGCAGGAUGAGGAAGAGUACGACGACGACGAGGACUAUGACUCGCAAGAGGAAGAAGAAGAUGAAGAUGACGGCAACUACACCACCGCACAACGGGGCGGCAACAACCAGCAGAUGUUGCAGCGCCAGAGGCAGCAGCAGAUGCAGCAACAGCAACAGCAACAGCAACAGCAAAUGAUGCAGCAGCAGCAGCAGCAGAUGCAGGGCGGCGGCGGCGGCGCGGGCAAGAACCCGCUCAAGUUGAGGCUUGACUUGAAUCUUGAUAUUGAGAUUACGCUCAAGGCCAAGAUUCACGGUGAUUUGACGCUGGCAUUGCUGUGA